CACAGCUCUUUACAAUCCUACUGAGCCUGUCUGACAGAGAGAGCAAGACAGUGUGUGUGUAUGUGUGUGUGUUUGUGUGUGUGUGUGUGUGUGUGUGUGUGUGUGUGUAAGAGCGAGAGAGCAGAGAGGCAGCCAAGAUGACAGUGUGAAGCAGUGAGAGGGAAAACCUAGAAAAAAACAGCAAAGGCAAUCAGAAAGGGGAGGAGGGCAGCAAAUACAGCAACAAGGCAAAGCAGAGUAGAUAGUCUUUGAUAGUCCUGGUGCCAAAGUCAAGAGAUGCAAUGACUAGAUGACCAGCCACUGUACACGCCAGCACCCUGUCCUGGAGCCUUGACAGGAGGGGACAAGAAAAAUACAAACACACUCAAAGGCAAAACACUCUCUUCAACCAGUCCCACAUCCACUGGAUCAUGUCGUCUACUGGGUCAACAAACCACAACAAACGUCUGGCAUCGGAGAAAGACAACUCUCUGCGGGUUUUGGACAAUGAGUCUGCUCCGCACCUGAAGCUGAAGGAAAGACAGCGCUUUUUUGAAGAGGUCUACCAGCAUGACGUGGACAACUACCUGCCCUCUGCUCACCUGCAGGUCGACUGCAGGAAACCCCCCAUGGGAAGUAUCUCUUCUAUGGAGGUAAAUGUGGAUGUCCUGGAGCAAAUGGACUUGAUGGACUUCUCUGACCAAGAGGCCCUGGAUGUGUUCCUCAACUCAGGCUCAGGAGCCGACGAGGGGGCGCUGGCAUCUCCACUACCAGAGGGUGAGGACGAAGAAGAGGAUGAGGACGAUGAAGAUGCGGAGGUUGUGUACAGGGAGCGCGCACCUUUGACACGGCAAGAUGAAGUUCAACGCGACUCAAAGUCACGCAUGUCCUCUACAUCAUCGGGUUCCAGUGAUACCAGCGGGGGUGGAGUAGACACACCCGUGAUCCAGUCGGACGACGAAGAGGUCCAUGUCGACACUCUGCUGCUAACCUCUGUUCCCCAUACCAGGGAUGAAGAAACAGAGGAGGAAGACGACGAGGAAAGAUGCCUUGCAACUAAAUCUCCAUAAAGACUGAAUUUAACCCUCUUUAGACAUAUAUAGAGUUGGUGAAAAGAGCCUGAGGUCUCUGUGUCUCAUUUUCAAUCCUUUCUUUAAAAGAAAUCCUUAGCAUGUUUGACCUGGCUGUGAAUUUCUGCAUCUUUUGAAUGUUUCCCUGAGUCCAUUGGAUUUCACAUUUCAACUUAAAAUCUAUUUUUCCUAUUAAGUGUUUAACACUUUAUAGAAAUGUGUAUACAAACAACACGAGUCAUCCCAAUCCAAUAUAUUUACGUUCUGUAUGUUCUGGCUGAGACACAAAAUAGUCAGUUUAAGAUUCCAUGCCAGAGGGAAACCGCUCGCAGUUUUAUCAUCAAUCUUCUUUUUUGUGUUUCAGAAGAUCAACAUGAGGCAGAAAUCAGGUGAACAAUAACCACCAAAAAGUUGAAUUUCUUUGACAAAAGAAUCUAUCGAGAAUCUAUUGCCACGCGCAUGUGCAACCUAUUUAAAAUGCAUGCAUUUUGUUGUUUGUUAGUGACUACAUUAUGUAACUGCAGAGUGUGUCAUUACUGUACUUAAAGUUACUCCUCUCCUCCACGUAAGGUGUGCGAUUUCGGUGUUGGAAUGUGUGUGGGUGUGUGAGUGUUUGUUUUUGUGUGUGAGGGUUUGUGUGUGUGUGUAAUGGGUGUGGAUGUGGAUGGUAAAUAUUACUAUACAUGAGGUAUUCCCCUGGUGCUUCUUUCAAAGCAACCUUUUUACAGUGUUAGUCAUGACGUGUAUCUCUUCCCCACUUAAACAUCCCGCCAUGAAAUCAAUAAAAAUAAAACAAAGGUUAAAACCACCAAAUUUA